CCCUAAAACCGCCGCUGUCUAUCCCCGUCAAUGGCCGUUAAUGUGUGAUUUCUGAAAAGUUAUCAAAGCUGUUUAAACCGUAGGAAGUUUGCUCAUCUGUUUCCAUUGUUUCACAGCGUUGUAAGCGGUAAAAUGGCAAAAUUACACGAAGUCAGAGAAAAACAGGUUCGUCCAUCGCCGUUCAGGGAGUGAAUUGAACACUUAAAGGUCAAGGCUCGACUGUAUUUUGUUUUCAAUUUUGGUUCCACUCCCAUCCAUAAUUAAUAUUUAAAUAAUAUUUAAAAAAAUACUUGUUAUCGAAUGAGUGGAUUUAUGACCCCUCCACCUCCUCUUCGUCAUGUCCGCCCAACCCCCUUCAAUGCCGGGCAGUCAAGCGGAAGCAGCCGCGACCAUUUUGAAAAACAGGACCAGCGCAGCGCCAAGUUAAAAGUCUGCGUCGAAUGUGAUGACUCAGCGUCCGGUGACGUCAUCAACAAGCAGCUCUAGUCGGCCUCCGAAGAAGCUGAUGGGGAGACGCUCGGUCCUCCGGCAAACCGUCUCCUCGGUAUUUUGUAAUUCUCAAAAGAAGCCGAAGCAGGGCCAGUUGUCUCAACCGCAGGAUAGAAACGAGCACCAUGGACAAGGGCCUCACGGUGAAACUGUUUGUGGGCAACCUGUCGUUGGACGCCACCCAGGAGGAGUUAUCGUCCAUCUUUGAGCCUUUCGGUCAUGUGGUCAGCUGCAGCGUGCUGCGACAGUUCGCCUUCGUGCACAUACAGGGCGAGGGGGCCGCCGAGCGCGCCAUCCGCGAGCUCAAUGGGCGCGAGUUCCACGGACGCAACCUGGUGGUGGAGGAGUCCCGGGGGCGGCCUCUGCACUCCACCAAAGUAUUUGUCGGGAACCUGAGCGGCAUGUGCACCACCGAGGACCUUCAGCAGCUAUUUCAGACCUUUGGGAAAGUUCUGGAAUGCGACAAAGUCAAAGGUUACGCCUUCGUGCACAUGGAGAACAAGGAAGACGCACUCCAGGCCAUCGAGGCGCUUCAUGGCACCUCCUUCAAGGGGCGGCCGCUUUCUGUAGAGCUCUCCAAAGUUCAACCCAGCAAGCAGGCACCCACCGGGAAGAUACCGUGCGUCAACUGCGGAAAGCAAGGCCACUACGCCGGCGAGUGUCCUGUGGGGAAACCCACUUUGGAGCAGUAUCAGAGCCAAGCUGCUGUCUUGGCGGCCGCGGCAGCCGCUGCCGCCGGCCUGCCCCUGCAAGUCCAGCAGAGUGUGCACAACUCCGUGUACAACACUUCAACGUUUGACCCCACGUACGCCGCCCUCACUGGCAUCACCACGGGCACGCGCACCGACGGCAACCCCGUCAACCCGGCAGUCUACGGCGCCCUCGCUAGCCAAGUGUACGGCGCCAACGUGGCCAAUCAGCUCUAUGGAUCUGUGGCCAACCAGGCGGCGCUAACAUCAGGAACCGCUCAAGUUUACAGCUCGGUCACCACCAACCUGUACGGGCAGGUGGCGGCCAAUCCCGCCGCGGCGUCUGCUUACACCACACCCGUUUAUACACCCGCCAUGGCCAACCCCAUCUACCUGACCGCCACCCCCGGUUUAGAUAUGCAGUCGGCCGCUGCCGCCGCAGCGGUCAACUCCUCCUACGCGGUGGCCCCGGCAAUCUCCCCCGCUUACGCUCACAUUACCGCCAUGGGUGCCGCCGACCCCGCCACCGCCAUCUUUGAAGCUGCCAGACAGGCUCACUAUUUUGCUCAAGGUCAGCAGGUGGUGGCCGAGCAGCAGCAGACGGCGGCCGCGACUGCCAAGUCUGGCGAACGGGACCGCAGCCCGCUCCGAAGGACUGCCCCACUCCUGCCGGACCCCAUCAUGAAGCCCUUUAUUUACCAGCGGGCCAAACCGCGGCGCUCCCUGCUCCCAACGCCUGCCGGCCGCGCCGCAGAGGAGGCGGCGUCGGAGGCGGCUGAGGACCACGUGGCAAGAUACUAUGCUGACUACUACCAGCAGCUGCAGCAGUACCCUCACUUCCAGUACGCCUACCCCUCCCCCGGGGCCAUGUCCGCCAUCCCCGGCAUGCAGGCGGUGCCCGCCAUGUCCGCCCAGCCCGUUGCCGCGCUGGACUCCCUCAGGCCAGUGGUACCCGCCGCGGCCGUGGCAGCAGCCAUCGCUGCGCCCAGGGUGUAUGAGCCGCCGUUGCCGCCGACCACACGCAAGGAGUCCAUCCUCCGCCGCCCCGAACUUUCCCUUCACACGCCUGAGCCCCCCUUUCGAUAGUCCGCCCCUUUCACCCCCACCCCUCCUUCGCUCGAUUGCGCCUCAAACGGGCUGUUUUGUGUGCGUUUGUCCGGGGAGGGGGCUCCUAUUAACCUGCUUGACCAGUCAUUCUGUUCGUCAUGCAGUGCAGCCCCUUACCUGUCGGCCAUUUUUGACCUCUUCAUCGUGCCAGUCGUGAGGGCGUACACUACACUCAAAACCGUUGGGGACAUUGGCCGAACCAGGUGGUCCUGAAAUGUACUCAGAUUUAAUGUGACAUCUAAACCUUUGUAUGGAGUUACCAACUGAGUCGAUCUUUCGGUAGUUGUUUUCUCCAACAAGGACCUGAAUGGCAAAAUUCACUACGAUGAACCUAGCAAAAAGUAAGGAAUCCCCAGUUUCGGACGAGGACUCACAUUUUAUCAUGUUGAACAAACUCAAGAUAAAAAGGAUAAUUAAUUAGUUCAAAAGUGCAACUGUUUAGCAUUCAGAAACACUAAAAUGAAUAAAAAAAACAUUGUGUUGGUCAGUAAAUAUUACUUUUAUAGAGCAAGUGCAGAGAAAUAUAUAUGGACUCACUCCAUUCUGAGGAAAAAAAAUAUGCAAUCAUGAGAAACAUAACAAAACACAUCGAGUAUUUAGUAGCACCACCUCUGGAUUUUAUGACAGCUUUCAGUCUCUAAGGCAGGGGUGAGCAAACUAUUCCACAAAGGGCCGCAGUGGGUGCGGGUUUUUGUUCAUACCCAUCAUGAGGACAGCCUUUCACCAAUCCGGUUUCCAACAAGUGCAAUCAGUAGAUUUCAGUCAGGUGCUUCUUGUUUCCACUUAAUACCUCAUUGGCUAAACUGUCUGUGCUGAAUAAGUUUGAACAAAGACCAGGACCCACUGUUGCCCUCGAGGACCGGUUUGCCCACCCCUGCUCUAAGGCAUGGACUUGAUGAGUAUUCUUCAUCAAUUUGGUGCCAACUCUCUUUGAUUGCAGUUGCCAGAUCAUCCUUGCAGGUUGGAGCCUUGCUGUGGACCUUUUUUUUGUUUCAAUUUCCACCACGUGUUUUCAAUAGGGUUGAGGUCUGGGCUAUUUGCAGGCCAUGACAUUGACUGGAUGAGUCUUUCUCCAUGGAAUGCUUUAACAGUUUUAGCUCUGUGGCAUGAUGCACUGUCAUCUUGGAAAAUGACAUAUUUUCAAUUGAAGGGAUAAGAAAGCUGUCUAAAAUUUAUUGAAGAUUUAACCACAGCCAUCCCCCAGUUCUUUUGCCUGACAUGCAGCACCAUAUCAUUAAGGACUGAGGGGAAUUUUGUUUUCUUCAGGUAGUAAUCUUUGUAAAUCUCACUGUAACAGCACCAAAUCAAAGUUCCAGCAUCAUCACCUUGUCCAAUGCAUAUUCUUGACUCCUGACAAGGUGAUGAUGCUGGAACUUUUGUUUGGUGCUGUUCCAGUGAGAGUUACAAAGUGAUAAGCAUACUCAAGUUCAUGCCUCAGAGACUGCAAGCUGUCCCAAAAGCCAGAGGUGGUGCUACUAAAUACUAGAGAUGUGUUUUGAUGGUUAUUUCUUUGUUUUUCACGAUUCCAUAUUUUUUCUGAAUGCUAAAGAGUUGCACUUUUGAACUAAUUCAUUAUUUUUUCAAGGUUUUGAGACUGACUGGCGAUUCCAUACUUUUUGCGAGGGGUUGUACUUCUAUGCCUUUCUGUGAGCAGUUCCCGCAUUGAAGUGGGCAUCCUGGGACAUUUUCUCAUAUCUAGCACCAGGUUUAGCUCCUUGUUGGAAAACAGCAAGUUGGUUACCGCUAGCAUCGGGCGGAACCUUAAAGGGAACCACGGACAGAAAGACUUGUAGUUCUUAAAAGAUAAAUGUAUGAGUUAUCGUUUUUGGAAAAUUAGUGUAACUUAUAGGUCGCCAUUGUUGUUGACAACGCAAUGCGUUCUGGGCGCUGCCGUACUUCCACAGUGUCACUCAUUAACUACAUAAACAUGUCAGUUCUUCCCUUCCAAUUUGAACCCGAUCGGCAAAGUGAUGAGCAGGAAUGCACUGUCGAUAUUUCAAAAAACGAACAGCCAAAGUCAGGUCUCCAGCGGGAUUCGAACCCACUUUCCUGUGCGACAGACGUGCGCGUAGACCAGAAGACUACUGUCCGCAUGACGUUUGUCAUAAUUUUCCUUAUAGAGGAAUCACAACCAGGGCUGCAGCUAUUGAUUAUUUUAGUAGUCGAUUUAUCGAUAAACUAGUUAGUUCGAAUAAUCAGGUAAAAGGAUAAGGAAAAUAGAAGAUUAAAAUACCUGAGCUGAGCCUCAAACGGUUUCAAAAAAAACAAUUAGGAUCCAAGUACAACAACAAAAAAAUUGGCUAAUUUACACAGCAAAAGUCAGCUAGCUUAAAUGCUAUUUUUAUUUUAUUUUUUUAAAUAUAAUGCUCUUAAAUGGUUCAAACAUAUUCCCACAAAAAGGGCUAAACAUACCAAUAAAUGUGCAAAUGCAUUAAAAUAUUUCAGACAAAAAAUUAGCUUAUGUUGGUCUUAACAGGUAUCAGCUAGAUUCAGCCAUGUGAAAUGAGUUAUGUCACAUUCACUGUCACCACUAGAGGGAAGUGUAUCCACCCAAAUCAAUAAAACUAAAUGCAAAACACUUUCAAAACAAUCCAUCACCACGCCACUUCAAUUAAAUUUUGCUGCUUCGAGUAUUUGAUUCAAUUUUUUUUUUUUUUUUUCUAAUCAAACUACUCGAGUUAAUCGAUUAAUUGUUGCUCACUUCAAACAGCAAACAGACAACAAUAACAUAAGGCAGGGGUCAGCAACCUGCGGCUCUGGAGCCACAUGCGGCUCUUUAGUGCUGCCCAAGUGGCUCCCUGCGCUUUUUCAAAAAUAUUUGAAAAUGGAAAAAUAUGAGGGAUGGAAAUAUAUUUUUUGUUUUAAACAUUCUUCAAAUUAAUAUUGUAAUUAAGUUAAACUUGAGGCGGCAUCGUACAGCAGAGUAGUCACGUGGUGCGUCAUUCUCUAUAGGAUGCACUGCAGGCAAAAUAUUUAAUCAUGGAGGCUCAUUAUGUAUUUGUAUAUAGCUGCAGCCGUCGAUUAUUUAAGUAAUCGAUUAAACUAUCCGUUCGAGGAAUCUGAUUGGGAACAUUUAAUGCAUUGCAGAAUCAAUUUUUGGAGAGUUAAAACAAAGGCUAACUGAAAUUUGCUGUUUCGAAAGAGCAUUAAAUGCGAAUACAAAAUAAAAUUCCCGAGUGUAUUUUCAAACUUUGCAGAAUUGGACUUUCAUUCCACAAGAGCAAUGAAUGCAAAUUGAAAUACCUUAGCCGCAAACGGUCUAAAAAAAAUUAAUGAGGAUCAAAGUACAACAAAAGAACAAUUGGCUUGCUAGCCAAAGUCAGCUAGCUUAAAUGCUAAAAAAAUUACAAUGCUCUUAAAUUGUUCAAACACAUAUUUCCAUGAAAAACUCCUAAAUAUACUUAUAAACUAACUCAUAUUAGCUCAAACAAAAACUUUACAACCUUAUGUUGGUCUUAACAGGGAGCGGCUGGAUCCAGCCAUGUUAAAUGAGUUUUGUCAAAUUGACUGUUGCCACUAGAGGGCAGUGUAUCCACCCAAAUCAAUAAAACUAAAUGCAAACACUUUAAAAACAAACCUUUACAACGCCACUCUAAUUAAACGAAUCCUCGAGGCAUCAAAACUUUCAAAAAUCGAAGCUUUUUUCGACUCAAAUUACUCAAGUUAAUUGAUUAAUCGUUGCAUCACUAUACUUGUAGCCAGCUUAGUCAUUUUGAUAGUAGGCUAAUAUAGCUAAUAUAGAUACAUAUAGGGCGUCGGCUAUCGAUUAUUUUAGUAGUCGAUUAAUCGAUUAACUAGUUUGUUCGAAUAAUCGAGUAAUCGGUAAAGGAACAUGAAAAAUUGAAAUACCUUAGCUGAGCCUCAGAUAGUAUAAAAAAUAAAUAAGGAUCUAUGUACAACAAAAGAACAAUUGGCUAACUUAAAUAGCAAAAGUCCGCUAGCUUAAAUGCUAUUAAAACACAAUUUUUAAAAUUUUUUUUUUACAAUGCUCUUAACAAAUGGUUCAGACACAUAUUUCCACAAAAAACUGCUAAAUAUACCAAUAAACUAAAUUACAAAUGCAUUAAAAAAAAACAUUAGCUUAGACAAAAACUUAGCUUAUGUUGGUCUUAACAUGGAGCAUCUGGAUUCAGCCAUGUGAAAUGAGGCAGACUAGAAGGCAGUGUAUCCACCCAAAUCAAUAAAACUAAAUGCAAACACUUUCGAAGUAAACCAUUACAACGCCACUUUAAACGAAUACUCGAAGCAGCAAAAUUGAUUCGAAUCUUUUUUUCUAAUCGAAUACUCGAGUUAAUGGAUUAAUCGUUGCAGCACUUUAUACAGACAGCAUGUGUUGCCUCCCAUUAUAAGGCUUAUAUAGGGCUUUGAAUUUUUUUUUUUUUUUUUUUGUGUGGCUCCAGACAUUUUUUUUUGUCCAAUAUGGCUCCUUCAAUAUUUUGGGUCGCCGACCCCUAACAUAGGGAUUGCGUAAAAGGGUUUAUUGAACACAAAAAAAACUCGAAGAGACACAAAAGGAUCCGUGAUGGUAGGUCGGGAUCAAUAAAACAUUUUUUAAAAACAGAGGAAAAAAUGCUGUGAGAGGCAGACAAAUGAAAAAAACCAAGGCAAUGCUGCAGCGAAGGGAUAUACAAAUUCAAAUGGCAGCAAGUCAAUAUCUUGGCAAGCCGCCUAGGAUCGGUUCAAAGACAUUGCUGAUGAGCUGGAAUUGGAUGCAGGUACUAUGUUGGGAACUCAUCCCACAGCCCUGGAAUAAAAAAAAUCACCCCCAGCGUGCAUUGCUCGCAUAAAACGUGCUAAAUAUUAUAGAUUUUUUUAAAUCAAUGCCAAUAAUGUUUCAUAUAACAUAUUUUAUUAAAAUGAGAACAAUUGUGGCUUAUUAGAGCCUACAAGUCUUUAAGUCCGAGGUUCCUUUUAAACAGUCACAACCUCUAAGAGAGCCAUUCAUUUUCAUGACUUUAAAUUUAUCAAUUGUGGAGUGACCAAAAGUAAAAAUUCGUGAAAGAAACUGAUAUGGGAGGUGUUGGCAUUCAAAAGUUCAGAGUAGGUCAAAUUUAGAGUGCAUUUUAGUGACCUCAUUUUCUGAGUAGUGUACUUUGACCUUCUUUUUUUCGUUGUGCCAGUCGUAAGUCGUUCCUGAGGGCGACACCUGUGACAAGACGUUUUGUUCUGUGCCACUCUAUAAAAAUGUUCGUAUUGCCUUACGUCGUGUAGUGACGGGGUCAGAGAAGCACAAGUUGCUUGGUGGCUGCAUUAUGAUGGACAGAACCGAGCGCAUACUGGGAGGGUGCGUACGUAAAGCACACGAGCUGUACUCAAAAAAAUUUUGGGCCCCCGCCCAACUCCCUGCUGCCGUCACAGCAAAGCAGGAAGCCACUGCCUGACCUCUCCCGUGUUUUUAUACAGUUGCCUACCUCUUGUCCUUCAUUUCACCCCCUCCCAAAAUAUUUAGAGGCCUUUUUGUUUUUUGUUUCUGCGCUGCAUGUUGACUCGUGAAUGAGAAGUUGGACUCUGUGCCUUUUGACGUUUGUCAUUGGGGGUGGGGGUUAAGUUCAUUUUAAAGUGCCUAUGACAGCAAAUUUCAUAUUUAACGUGGUUAUUUUAUACUCCUGAAUUAAAUUGACCGCUUGGAUGUGUGUGGAAGCGAUCGAUUUAUAUAUAAAAAAUUUUAAAUCCCGCUCCAUGAAAAUGAGUGACUUCCUGGAUUGAGGAAGAAUGCGAAUGUGACGUCACCCUGGUCAGCAUCUCACAGAUGGACUCAGCUGAUUUUUGUGGAUUAAUUCAUUUAUUUUUCGCAUCACGCCAGCCCAAUGUGCUGCAGGUUUUUGUUGCUGCACCAGGGAGACGCGUGUGAGCUUUUUUGGGUUUCAAAAAGUUCCCGUUGACCGCGGAAAUUGGCCAAAACAAGUCUGACAACUGUGGGACCAUUGCGAGGAAGUGGGUAAACUAGGUGAUUUGUUUUAUGUCAAAUACUGGGAUCAUGGCACACGUUUUAAUAAGGAGGUGGCUUGCAUUUUGUGGCUGACAAUGCCCCUUGUCCACCAAAAGGCCACUUGACCGGCGGCUUGUCGCACACCGCCCUCAGUCCUCUUUUCGUGCCCGCCGAGCGCUAUACUCGGCUUAUGCUCGAGCAGCCCCCUGCUCUCUUCUGCGGUUCUCCAUAUCGUCCAGACUUCCAGCCCCCUCUGGCCACUUCAUGUGCCCAGCAGUAGAGCACUAUCAUCGGGUUGGGCUCGGGCAGCCACGCGCUCCUCUGACGUCGGCCGGUUUGUCUGGCGGUCAUUCUCCAACUCCCCAGGCAACGAGCACUCCUGGCCGCAGCAGGGGAACGACGAGCCGAAACUUGCUCGCGGCCCGAGGUUGGCCGAUCGGUGAAGGCUGUCACCCUCGCCGCUGUGUGUGACAUGAGUUGGGAUAGUUUUGUGCUAUUUUUCAUUUUCAAAAGGCGAAAAAGAUUGGAACACCCGCUCGGCGGUCAAUCUCCAGCGCUGUAACUUGCUCGCCGCCAUGGGGUUGGCUGAUCGGUGAAAACAAUCAACCCCGCCGCCAUGUGGCAUGAUCCAGGGUAGUUUUGUGUGAUUUUUCGUUUUUGCAAGGCGAGAACAAGACUUGGAAACGCCACUAGGUUCACAUUAGCAUGUCGGCUAGCUGUCGCGCGUCCUGUUUUGUUUGUUCCUCAGUCUCCGAAUCCGGGGCAGGGAAAUGACAAAAGCCGGACUAACUCCGGUGGCAUAAAAUACCGUUUGGGAGGUGCAAGAAGUCGACAGUUCUGACCAUUAUGCAGUAAUUUUGCCCUGUCGUACCAAAUAAAUGCAUUUUUAAUAUUUCAUAUUCCAUUUAGCACAAGAUUUGUCAUUUAUUUAGCAAUGGGGGAAAAAUACUAAUAAAUAAUAUCCUGUAAAAAUAUUGAAGAGAUCAAAACAAUGACGUUUUGCUGCUCUCUAUUGCAUUUUUCUUGUUCUGAAUCUUCCCCCUCAAUGGGCUGAAUUCUAAAUCAGAUGAAAUCGUGACCCUGCCGACGUCAUCCUCCAGCUGGGGGCGCUAGAGCGCUAUAAUGACAGGCGGGGCUAAACGGCUGAUUAAAAGACUAAUUUCUCGUCAUUGCACUUUGCCAAAUUGUUGGAUAUAGUCGAAUCGUCUCAAAAUAUGAUUCUAAUUCACAUAAUUAUGCUAUUUAACGUUUUUUUAUGCUGUCAUAGGCACUUUAAAUACCGUGGUGAGCAAGUAAGAGCACAAUUGUCAAGUAGAUGCGGUCAGGAUGGGGGAACACGGUAUCUUGCUAUACCCCCAGAUGCCAUUUUUUUUUUUUCAGUUCUCUUACAAAGAAAACCUUGCCAAUUUUGUGUAUUUUUCUUCAAACAACCAUGCCAGCUGCAAAUAGACACGUCGCCCCUUGCCCCACACCUGACUGCCUUGCUGCUCCUCCCCAUCCCGUCCCCCUUCCUGUGGUGGUCACAUUGUAAUCUUGUGGUUGCAUCCUUUAUUGGACUUUGUGUCAACUUUUUGUGUCUUGUUGUUUUCUGGAGGGCAUGCUCUGACGCGUGUAUCCAAACUUGAAUAAACGCUCUCUGGAUGUUUAGUGCUGACUAAAGGACCACAAAGCUUGGGCCAUGUCUGCUUCUUCUUCUUCAUGCAGGGUGGGGGGGCUGGCUUGGGUGGGUGUGUCGCCACGUUCGCCCUGCGUGUUUUGUGUGUUGACUGUGCAUGACGCCACCGGACCGUCACGACGCCCCACUAACUAUCUCAACUGAUUAGGUCACCUGGACGGCGGCGUGGGCGUGGAUGACUUUUUAGCGUGACGUCAGUCGCCACCGAGGUAAAUGAAUAGAGCUUUACCCUACUCCCGCCUUCCCUUCAACUCCGCCACCCCCACCGGGCCUGAACCCACCUGAAGUCUUAAGCUCACAUCUGCAAGCGCUCUGGUGUGAGAUUGAGUGAGUGAGAGAGUGAUGUAAUCGUAAGGACACAGACCCGCUCCCCGCCUUGCCCAAAAGUCGAUCCCCUUCCGCCGCAUUCGCCGCCCUCACACCUUCCCGUGACCCUACCCCUUCAAGCCGCCGUUCACAAAGCCGUGCUUUUUUUCUCGCCGCUACCGCCGCCGCCAUCGGAUGGGAGCUCUGGCUCAGGUCUCCUGGAUCAUCAUCUUACCUGGGACGCCAGGGAAUGCGGACGAAAGCUUGGUGUACAGUGAAACCCUGUUUGGUGUGGAGGAAUUCAGUAGAAACUCCAUAAUUAGAAGAACAAAAUGACCAGUCUACACAGACAUGGAAUUCCUUAAAAAGCCACUUAUCUUCAUAAAAACCUGGCAUCCCCAUUCAUGGACAUCAUAUUUAGGGCAUGUAGGCCACAACAGUGAUGUCCACGUAUGGGGACGCCGGGUCUUUACGAGAUUAAAGCUAUUUUAAACAGUACAAUUAGACUGUUACUAUUUGUGCACCACAUGUUUUUUAUGUGUGGUGAUUUAUCACACGCUGGUUUGCUUGCUUUAAGGACAUCUAGUGAGAAAAACUAUAGUUUUACAAUAUAAUUCAAGCGGGGGUUCACUGUACUCUGAGAAUUACUCUACCGCCUUGCUGUGUUUGUGGUUUGGGGGCGGAGUUUGAGGCGGUAUCACCUGCCGAAGGUCAUUUUAAGUUCUUCUAGGAUGCUUAUGGACUUUGAUGAAGACGGAAGCCGGCCACCUGGACCAGGUGAGUGACUUUGGAGGUCACGUGUUCUCUUGGGCGCUUUGUAUGUAUAUCUGCAUGAACGAUUAUACCAACUCUUCAAAAUUCAAUGUACAAAUGUGCAUCACUCAUGGGUUUAAGUAGUGUUUUUUUUUUAAUUUCCUUUUCUUGACCAGCAUCUGUAACCAUGGUGAUGGGACUUUAUAUUUGAAUGUCACAGUGGGGGAAGGAAAAUGUACUAAGAUGUAUUUGAACAUAAAUAAAACGUUCUUGUUUAAAAAGGAAAACAACCUGCCUGUGUCCUGUCUUUCAUAGUUGGGUCGAUAGCUCCUCUGUAGAAAUAUUUUUGGGGUCCAUUUUGGUCAAAAUACCAAGCAAACAAACAAAAAAAUGUAUAUGGCGGAAAACACUCAGGUGACUUGAAGUUCCGCUUUGAGACCCCCAAUUUGGCCAAAUUUCAGAAUUGUCCGAUAUGCAUGUGUGAUACAUCAUUGGAAAGCUUAAAAUCUCAAUUUUCUGGGGGGAACAAAAUUUGAACAGGAGGGCAUUUAAAAAAAAAAAAAAACAGCAAAACCCUAUCUGGAGGUGAGAGCAUGCGAGAGCAGAAUUACAGACGCCAUGACUUUAACGAGAUAUUAUCGCAUACUUACCUUGUUUCGAUCCAAAAACUCUGUGUAGCAUGUAUCACUGAGUGUCAAGACAAAGCUGUGAAUAGCCACAGCUGGAUUUUUUGGGGAUUUUAUGGGUGAAACAUGGUAAUAUAACAAUGGUUGCGAUGCAGAAAUCGCAGACAUCAAGCAGGGCCGGCCCAGCCUAUACGCAGACUAUGCAGCCGCUUAGGGCCCCUGACCACUAGGGGCCCCCAAUCAGGCAAUUGUUUAAUUUGUAUUCUAUUUUGUUUACUACAGUCUGUUUUAUUUGACUUUUGUCAGUUUUGAUACUUGAUUGCAAGCUUAAAAAAUAAAAGUUCUUCUUUAAUUUUGUUCUUUUCCUCUUUUAGAAAAAGGUUUGGCGCUAUCUACUGUAAGUACUGACAAUUAUUUGGGGUGAGAAGUUUGAAGAAUGCAGUGCAACAAAUCUGAUUAAUAUAAAAAAUAUGGACACAUGGGUUGGAUUGCAUGUAUGGGUUUCACAGUACACUGUGAUGGAAUAGUGGGCCAAAAAUAUGGGCCCCUUGGCAUUAUUUUGCUUAGGGCCCCCAAAUGGCCUGGGCCGGCCCUGACAUCAAGGAGUGGUCGAGAUGUUCUUUUUCCAUAUAUUUACCCUUUUAAAUGUUCUUUUUCAUAUAUUUACCCUUUUAAAUGUUUUUUUCCCGUUUUUCUUUGGAUCGAUUAUCUAACAUAUUGGAGAAAAUGCAACAGUAACAACAACAAAAAAAUACAAAUAAGCAAUAGCUUUGAGGUAAAUAUCCGUCACAUUUUUGCAGACGCCAUUUUUUUCAUUGUGACGUAAUUUGUUUAAAAGUUUAAAAUAUGCGAAUGAAUAAUUUUUUUGUCGUUUUAUUUUUUACACUAACUAUUAGAUAUUAAUUUUGAAUAAUAUAAUUUAGUUUUAUGGCUGGGUUGAAACAAAAGCGGUUGAGUGACGUCUGUAAACGGGGGUUUCCAGGGUAAAACGGACAAAUUAAAAAUAGUUGGGCUUAAUGCGCCAUGAAUCUGCUAACGCAGCAUAUAGACAUUGUUCUAUCAAACACAAUGGUUGUUUUGGCUUAAAAUACAGUAGUUUCUUUUAAAGAGGAGUGCAAAAGCAGGAACUGCUUUUUCAGUCUUGUCUUUGUUUUCCGCCAUAUGGCAAUUUUACCCUGGAGACCCCCGUUUACAGACACCGCGCUACGGCUUUUUGUUUCAACCCAGCCACAAAAAGAAGGUAAUUAUAUCUAAUAUUCAAAAACGUCUAUCAUUUUUAGCUUAGAAUCAUUGAGUUCUAAUAUUUAGUUUAAAAAUAAAAAGUACUUUUAAAUAAGCAAGUGAAUAAUUUUAUAAACUUUUAAACAAAUUACGUCACAAUGAAAAAAAGUGUAAAUAGGUCACUGACAUCUACCUCAUAACUAUCGCUGAAUUGUAUUUAUUUUUUUCUUUUGUUACUGUUGUAUUUUCCACAAUAUUUUAGAUGAUGAAUAAUCGAUCCAAACAAAGAAAAUUGAAAGUAAAAUGUUUAAAAGGGUAAAUAUUUGAAAAAAUCCCGACCACUCCUUGAUGUCUAUGAUUUCUGCAUUGUGACCCUUGUUAUAUUUCCGUGUUUCACCCAUAAAAUCCCCCGAAAGUCCGGCUGCGGCCAUUUACAGCUGUGUCUUGACACUCAGCUCUUGCAAUCAGUUCUCCCGACCACUCCAAGGACAAAAAGCAGGGCGCUCUGUCCUAAAACAAGUAGCGUCUCGCCCAGCCAGGAUAACAAAGUUGAUAGCGGGCGCUUGGGACGUCGAGACCAGCGUCGAUUUCUGUGGCAACCACGUCCCAUCCACGCACGAACCUAACCGCCCAAAACUGGCCACAGGGGGAUGAUCCCGAAACACCACCCUUCGGCCCGGCCCGGCCCACUCCACUGCAGCCUUCAAAAACACUGGACUCAGAUAAACAGAUUCGCUGACAGAUUGUCGACGAAUAAAUUGUCAACCUGUUUUCGGUGAGCCUUCUUCAAACUUUUGGAACAUGGAGUCAGUGCAAAGGGUUAACACAAGAGGUGAACACGCGGAAUGUCAGCCCUCCCGGUUGACUCGCGCGAAGGCGACAUCGGCAGAGUCUCACUUUGUUCGGCUGUCGCCGUUUCCGUACGGCUUGGCCGGGGGGGGGCGAAUUCCUUCAUUACGUGAUAAUAUCUCGUUAAAAUCAUGGUGUCUUUAAUUAUGCUUUCAUGCUCUCCCCUCAAAUUAGGUUUUAGGGCUUUAUUUUAUUUUUUAAAUGCCCUCCUGUUCAAAAUGUGUCUUCCCC